CGCCACGGACAGCAUGCUGCUGAAGAGGAUCGAGGAAGAAAAGCAGGCGGCGGCGGCGGCAGCUGCGGCCGCCAAAGCUGAAGCCGACAAGAAGGAACAGCCAGCGGUCAACUCACAGGAUGCAGAGCCGGAAAAUGUGGCGACUCCCGCUGGACCUGCUGGACCCGAAGGUAAGCGACGCUCCGGAGGCCCCCGCCCCCGAGCCGUCCGCCGUCACUCCCUCGACGACGGAGUCGGCCGAAGCCAAGCCGGCCGCCGAGCCGCCGAAGAGACGCUUCUUCAUAUCGCAGAUUUCAGUGCCGCUGAAAGCCCAUGAGAAAAAGAAGCUGACACGGUAUCAGAGACUCAGACAGGUGGAGCUGCAGCGGGAGAAAAUGUCCUGGGCCCGAGUAAAGAAGCUAAAAUCUGACCAGGCCAAUCAGAUGUUUUCCGACAUCGACUGGCAGGCGUCCUUUUCUGGCGGCUUUUUAACGAGCCCCGUAACCCCUCCUCCGCCGGCGACCAGCCCGUCGACAACAUCCCCCGCCAGCCCUGCGCCUGCCACUAAACCUGCUCCACCAACACCAGAGACACCCAAGGCCGAGCCGGCCGCGGCGGAGCCCACGAAAACCGAAGACCCCCAGACCCAGUCCCCCGAGCCAGAAACUGCCAAAACGCCGCCUUCUAAAAAAGGAGCCGCCAAAGCGCCGCCUGUUAAAGCUGAACCCACCAAACCGGAACCGCCUGCCGUUGAAACCCGAAGAAGCACGAGGCAGAGCAAGGCUCAGGCCUCUCAGGCUGCCGCCGCCGCCGCUCCGGGACCCGCUCCCAAAGUCACCCGAUCCGCGGCCAAGAGGACCCUGCCGGCAGUUCCUCCUCCCAUGCCCAACGGACUUAAGGCUCAGAAGCCGAAGCCUGUGGAGUACACGCCGUACAAACCCCGGCCCAAGUACUCCCCGGAUGACUUUGAGCUCGACGACGACGACACGCUGCUGGCGCCUCCUAAAAAGCCAAAUCCGCCCACACAGCCGCCUCGGCCCGGCGUCCCGGCUCAGCGUCCGGCGCCUUCAUUAAAACCCGCCACUACGGCGCCACCGGCCAACCAGGCGAGGCUAAAAGCUCAGAGUGCGCCUCCCGGACAGACUUCAGGUCAGUCGAGGCCCGCGGCGGCAACGCGGCCUCAGGUAAAACCAGAACAGGUCAAGCCUUCCGCUGCGGCCCCUCGGUCCAAUUCUACGGUCACAGCUCCCGUAAAACCGGUCCCUGCACCCGCUGCGCUUGUUCCCAAAGCCAACUCGGCCGCAGUUCAGCCCAAACCCGCCGCCGCCCCUCCUCCUCCUCCUCAGCCAACAAAAACAGCCGGUGCAAAUGUGACGCAGCCGAAGCAGCCUGCCGCUACGGAGAAUCAGCCACCUGAAUCCAAGCCUUCAGCAUCCAAGGCUACUGUAGCUUCAUUGCCUCAGAAGUCCCCAAAUCCUCCAACGCAGGAGAACAGGCAACCCAAGGGCCCAGCUUGUUCGCCUUCACCCGUCCCUGCCUCUCCCCUCACGCCUGAGGAGAGUGCCAAAGUCUCUGACACAACGAAAUGUGAAGAAAAACCCACGGUUACUGCCACUGAUCCGUCUCCAGAGAGCAACUCAGAGCUAGCCAAGACGGAGGAGAAGACGUCAGAGGAGCCCCGUCAGCACGGAGAAGCAAAGCCGAAAGACGCGGCGGCUCAUCAAGACGGCGACAAAGACGGCACUCAGACGGAUGCAGGACAGAAACAGUUUGGCCCAGACGCCUGCAGCGUGUGCGGGAUGUUUUACUCCGCCGCCAACCCCGAGGACGAGUCUCAGCAUUUACUCUUCCACAACCAGUUCAUCAGUGCCGUCAAAUAUGUGGGGUGGAAAAAAGAGAGAAUCAUGGCUGAAUAUCCGGAUGGCAAGAUCAUCCUCGUCCUCCCUGACGAUCCCAAAUAUGCCCUGAAGAAGGUGGAGGAGAUCCGGGAGAUGGUGGACAAUGACCUCGGCUUCCAGCAGGUGGAGACAAAGUGUCCCUCUCAGACCAAAACCUUCCUCUUCAUCUCUAUCGACAAGAAAGUGGCCGGAUGCCUCAUAGCAGAGCACAUCCAAGAGGGCUACAGGGUGAUCGAGGAGGCUCCGCCUGAGGGCUCAGAGGGGGAGAAGGUGAUGUUCGAGCGUCAGAGAGCGUGGUGCUGCUCCACCACGCCGGAGCCGGCCAUCUGCGGCAUCAGCCGCAUCUGGGUGGUCGGCAUGAUGCGGCGCCGGGCCAUCGCCACGCGCUUGAUCGAGUGUCUGAGGAACAACUUCAUUUACGGUUCCUACCUGAGCAAAGACGAGAUUGCGUUCUCCGACCCCACGCCGGACGGGAAACUCUUCGCCACUCAUUACUUCGGCACCUCGCAGUUUUUAGUUUACAACUUUGUGAGCGGAACCGGCGCCAUCAAGCCCAAAAAAAGCGACUCGGUAUGACGGCCCGCCGGGAGAGGCGACGGCGGAUUCGGAGACGAGAUCCUCGCCGCGUGUAGACGGACAUAAGUUAGCCCCUCCGAGAGGCCGGCUGCUGGCCGAAAACUCAGGAUGACAACUUCAACUCUUCUUCCCUGCAUAGUAUUUUGAGAAAAUCUAUUUUCUUUAUACUCUUUUUAAGCAAGCGUUUGGUUUUAUUAAGACAGCUACGUGCAUGAAGCGAGAGCAAUAGAGUUUAAAGAGCAUAUCAUUUUUUCAUGUUCAGCAAACCGAAGUGAAGGUGAGUGUCAGGAUCUCCUCCUGGACCCUGAGGCUGCCAUCGCCUCCAGCUGUGGGUUUAAAUCCCCCCCACCCCCAAGCCGAGCCCCACACUGUCCACGUUUUAUCCUUUUACUGUCCGAGUGUUAAAAUGUCGCCUUGGUUGUUUUUCUUUUUAAAAAAAUGUUUUAUUUAGUUUUUUUGUACUUUUUUUGGCCACAUGCCUCCCCUAACCGGCACGUGGCUUUUUAUUCAGUUAGCGUAGAGAAACAUCCUGUUAUUCUUUAGUCAUAAAUUAAAAUGUAUGUCAAAUAAUCAUGUAGAUUUAUGCAUACUAUAGUGAGAUUUAUAAUGGAAGACGAGAAGGAUUUAAAAUCUUUUUUUGUUUUUUUUGUUUAAGUUGGUAUAAAGGUCCAGUUUUAACGAGGGUUUAGAUCACACUCCGAUUAACAGCAUCAUCCUUUAUUUACUUCCUUGUUGUUAAAACGGUCGCCUUUUAGAGAGACAUUUUUGUGUAAGAAAAUGAAAUGGAUUUAUAUGAACCUCUUAUGUAAAUAUUUAUUUAAAUAAACCAUGUAUGAUAUUUUUUUUCUGCAGGCAAGUUUUUGUUUUCAUUUCAGUGCUCUGCCUCCUAGUGGUCAUUGACUUGUAUUGCAGAGAAAGGAGCAUUUGGCGUCUAGAUGGUGUACUUGCAUAUCAAUAAAUACAUCAGAUUAUGGCUUUUCAAAAAUACUUUUGUAGGAAAUGUGGUUUACUUUUCAAUUAAAGAAAGGAUUGUUUUUA